AUGACUAUAGCAGCUCCAACACUAGAAAGUGAUCAAGACCUAAUUACUGUAUUAAGAUAUCGGAGAAUCCAUGCACAAACACCCCCACUGUGUGAUGCCUACACCAACCCCAAUAAUGUGUUGGCGCUUGAUCAAGGCAGCUGCAGCUCCUCCGAUGGCAGCCAUAUCAGCCACCAGAGCUUCUCCUUCCAAGGAAUUGACGAUCACCACCAAAACCUCUUCUUCAACGACGCCGGCACCUCCACUUCCUCUUCGAAUUACGCCUGCUUCAACGAUAAUCCGCAGGAUUACUACAGCAGCAUCGAGGAGAUCAAGGAGCUCAUCACGAUCAACGACGGCAGCGGAUUAUCCCAAAUUAGGGAGGAUGUUCAGGAGGAACACACUCCGAAGGCGGCGGAGGACCGUGAGGACGGCGGCCGUCAUCCAUACACACAAGCAGAGACGAUGACUCUAUUCGACGCUUGGAUCGGCACGUCGAACGAUCCCAUCCUCGGGAAUCAACAAACCCGAAAGUAUUUUUGGGAUAAGGUCACCAACGUAUACAACGCAAAAAAGCCGACGGGGGCCUUCAGCCGCAACAUGAAGAUGCUCCGCGCUCAUUUUGAGCGAGCCGACAGAGAUGUCAAAAUAUUUUGUGGGAUCUACAAGAGGGAAGCGGAGCAAUACCAAAGCGGAGCCAGUGGAUCCGACAUGCUGAGAGCGGCUUUGCAUGUCUUCAAAUCCGACACCGGCAAAGAUUUCAAAUUUCCCAAUGGGGCUCCUCCGGUACACACGUCGGCCGCAAGGGUACAAGGCGGCGAAGGCGGCUAG